AUGAAGUUUGGGGGGAAGGGGAUGAUCCAGCUGAUGGUACUGCUAUACAAUUGGGUGUGGAAAAACGAGUAUACGCCAAGUAGAUGGAGGGAAGGAGUGGUUGUGAACUUGUUCAAAAAAGGAGACAAUACUGACCCAGGAAACUACAGGGGGAUCACACUGUUGAACACGGUAGGAAAAGUGUUCUGUAAGCUGCUGAACGAUAGGAUAGUGGGAGUAUUGGAGAAGGAACAUAGCAUUAGUGAGGGCCAGGCAGGUAUCCGCAAGAAGAGGGGGUGCGUAGACCACGCAUGCAGGGUAGGGAGAAUCAUCCAAGGUAGAAAGAGGGCGGGAAGGUCGACGUACUUCUUCUUCCUGGACGUGAAAAAGGCAUACGACACCGUAUGGAGAAAUGGGUUGUGGAAACAACUGUCCAAAUACGGGAUCAAGGAGAAAAUGUGGAGAGUGCUGAAGAACAUGACAGAGUGCACGAAAGGCGCGGUCAUGUUAGACGGAGAACUGUCAAAAAUCUUCGACAUAGAGCAGGGGGUCCCACAAGGUUGCACGCUGUCCCCAACAUUGUUCCAGGUGUUCAUCAACGAUCUGUUGGAAGUCGUAGAGGCAGUCCGGAAGGGAGUAAAAGUAGGGGACACGGAAACGUCGGUUUCAGGAAUGCUGUUUGCGGAUGAUUUUGUCGAGGACGUAUGGAAGGGGCUCGACAUCGACGAAGAUGAAACGCUGGAAACGGAGGGUCUACAGGGGUUCAAGGAGAAGAUAUCUGUUGCUUGUGCCGAGAGAGAAGAACAGAAUCUGAGGAAAGAAUCCAAGGAUAAGGAGGGUCUAGAAGUGUACGGAAUGUUGAAGGAAGGAAUAGGGUUCAAGGACUACCUACAUGGACCAAUGGAUGCAGGAACAAAGCUUAAGGUCAAAUUCAGGACCGGGGACAUAGGCCUUCGAGAACGUCGACGAAGACAUAGGACGGUAGACGAGGAAGACGACGAGUUCAAAUGUGAUUGCGGCUUCGAAUGCGAAGACCGUGUUCAUGAAGUCGCGGAAUGUCCGUUGUACAAGAAGGAGAGGGAAGUGUACGCGGCUGGGCUGGGAAAAUAG